AUGGCUCUUCGCCACUCCUCCAUCCUCUUCCUCUUCGCUUCCUUCCUCCUCUCCGCCGAGUUCAUAGCUGUCGACGCUCAACUCUUCAUCCGAGGUCCGUUUCGUCUCAUCGACGGCCCCUUUAGCCACUUCGCCGAACCCUCGGACGGACCCGACGACCGAGGGCUGCAGAGGUACAUCAUUCACGUCCGACGCCCGGAGGGCCCCCUCUUCACCAUCGCCACGGAAUGGAGGAACUUUUACGUGUCCCUCUUGACCAAAGCCAACGCCCAGUUCUCGUUGCAGGGCGAUGACUCCCCCGUCUCCCGCAUCCUCCAUGCCUACCGCAAUGUGAUGACCGGCUUCGCCGCCAUGUUCACCGCGAUUGAGGUGGAAGCCAUGUCCAAGCUGGACUGGUUCGUGCACGCGUACCCCGACCGCACCUACGACCUCCUCACCACCCACACGCCCGAGUUCAUGGGCCUGCGAGACCCCACCUCCGGCGGCGGCGGCCGCGGCGGCGUGUGGAAAGAGUCCAACAUGGGCGAGGGGGUCAUCAUCGGCGUGCUCGAUAGUGGCGUCACGCCCGGCCACCCUUCCUUCGAUGACAAGGGCAUGCCCCCCCCGCCCUCCAGGUGGAAGGGCCAGUGCGACUUCAAAACGUCCGCCUGCAACAACAAGCUCAUCGGUGCGCAGUCCUUCAUCCGCUCCUACGGCCUCCCGGCGGUCUCGGCCGUUCCCCCUGUGGACAACGAGGGCCACGGCACCCACACGGCGAGCACUGCGGCCGGGGCGCCCGUCGACCAUGCCGACGCGCUUGGACACGCUGCGGGCGUGGCAGCCGGGAUGGCUCCGCGCGCCCACGUCGCCGUGUAUCAGGUGUGCGACCGCGGGCGCUGCGCUGGCGCGGACAUACUCUCCGCCAUGGAUGCUGCAAUAGAAGAUGGGGUCGACGUGAUCUCCCUCUCCGUCGGGAGCGCGCCCGCGCCCUUCCACGCGGACCCGGUGGCCAUCGGCGCCUUCGGCGCCAUCAAGAAGGGGAUCUUCGUCAGCUGCUCCGCCGGGAACUCAGGGCCGGGGGUGUCCACCCUAUCCAACGAGGCGCCGUGGGUCCUGACGGUGGCAGCAACUUCCACGAACCGCACCAUCAGGGCCACCGUCAAGCUCGGCGAUGGCCAGGAAUUCGACGGGGAGUCGCUGUACCAGCAGCCGCCCGAUUUCGGCUCCAAGAACCUACCUCUCGUGUGGGCCGGCGACGGCAGCAAGAUGAACGCCUCGAAGUGCCGAAACGGCUCCUUGGACGGGUUGGACGUGCGGGGGAAGGUAGUGCUCUGCGAGCGCGGCGGUAACAACAGGAUCGACAAAGGCAAGGUAGUCCAAGGGGCCGGCGGCGCGGGCAUGAUCCUUAUGAACGAGCAGGUGGACGGAUACAGCACCCUCGCCGACGCGCACGUCCUCCCGGCGUCGCACGUUGCCUACGCCUACGGCUCCAAGAUCAAGGACUACAUCAAGUCCUCCUCGAACCCGACCGCCGCCAUCGUCUUCAAGGGCACGACCAUGAAUACUUCCCGCGCGCCGGCGGUCCCCUCCUUCUCCUCCAGAGGCCCCAGCAAGGAGUCCCCGGGGAUCCUGAAGCCGGACAUCGCCGCCCCCGGGGUGAGCAUCCUCGCGGCAUGGCCCUCCACGCUCGGGCAGGGGUCGCAGCCGCAGCCAACGUCGACGACGAAGCUCACCGGGUUCGUCUUCAACAUGAUGUCAGGUACGUCCAUGUCCUGCCCCCACGUUAGCGGAGUGGCCGCGCUGCUGAAGAAGGCGCACCCGAGCUGGUCGCCUGCCGCCAUGAAGUCGGCAAUGAUGACCACUGCUUACACAUCCGACAACACCGGGCAGCCGAUCGUCGACGAGAGGCUCCUCCCGGCAGGACUCUUCUCUUUUGGCGCCGGUCAAGUGGACCCUGCUAAGGCCCUCGAUCCGGGGCUAGUUUACGACAUCGACCCCGACGACUACGUCCCUUACCUCUGUGGCCUGGGUUACACCGACGCCCAUGUGCGAUCGGUGAUUCACAGUUCGGUGAGUUGCUCGUUGGCGAAGCGCAUCACCGAGGGAGAGCUGAACUACCCGUCCAUCUUGGUGCCUCUCGGUGGGAAUCACCCUACUGCAGUCGUAUUCUCCCGGACGGUAACCAACGUCGGCGAGGCGCACGAGACGUACUCGUCAGAGAUCGAUGCGCCGGAAGGGGUGUCAGUGCGAGUGGAGCCGACGAGCCUCUCGUUCACUACUGUAAACGAGAAGAAGACCUUCAAGAUCACAUUCGAAAGCAAAGGCGGUGGUGGCUCAGGCAAUGCCGAGGGACAGCUGAAGUGGGUUUCAGGGAAGCAUGUCGUCAGGAGCCCCAUCGCCAUUAGCUUCAAGUAGUAUUCAUGCAGAGUGCAAUUUGCACGUAUGUAGAGCAUUCUUUUGAGUCGGAGAUCACAGAAGAAUGGCAUACAGAGUUAGAUA